GGCUUUUUGUGUUCGGAAAAUUCCCCUUCGAGGGCCUCUAGCUUCCAUUAACCAAAGAAGCAGCAGCUGCAGUUAACCACUAUUCCCUGUAUAUACCGUUGAUAAUACAAGCGUUAGACAGCGCUUUUUGUGUUUCUUCUUUUAACAGCAAAUAUCGGAUUUAAAUACUCACACGCAAGAUUCCAUCUAGCGACGUCACCAUGGGAACUGCAUACGUCACCAUAGCAAUCUGCCUUCUCGUUGCGGUGUAUGGCGAGGAAAUCAUAGCCAGUAUGGACAAAACCCUGCCCAACAACAAGUGCGGUUCCGUUUUAAAGUUAGGCUUAGGGCAGGACAUCCGGUUUAAAUCCAAGGGUCUUGCCCCCGACGGCUACUGUGGCCUCACGGUUUUCUCUCCGGACGCAAUCGACAACCACACGUGCGACGCACUUUGCGUUACGUUCAAGACGGCGACCAUCAGCGUCUGUGACGUCAAGUUGAAGUUUGUUGGUCACCGCUUCGCGUCUGGAGACUACAUAAGGGAAUUGACAUGCCACGACCAGAACAAGAACUCGUUCUGCUGGGAAGUCAGCUCAGUGCGCGUGGAGGUAUCGGAGAGUUACACGUACGCUUACGUUCAGAAACGUCCGCUCUACGACUUUGACGUCGACGUGUCCGCGCGAUGCAGUCGCCAUAAGAAGCAGGACCAUGCAGCGAUAUACGCCCAACAACAGAUCGAGCUUGACCGGGCCGACAAGUCUUACGUGCAUGGUAUCGCCGUCGGCGUCUCCCUCUCGUGCCUAUUCCUGAUCAUCCUAUUCGUCGCCUGGUGUUACACCAAACACCAGGCCGUAUCCAGCUCAACAAGCCGCUCCAUCGCGCCGCCCCGGAAGUCAAACACGACCGCCGAAUCGACAUCCGGUGUCCAGAAGAAAGGAAGUAUCAUCACCACAUUCCGUAAGAAGCUGAACAUCAAACGCAAGGAGCCUCCAGUCGACGAGGAAGAACCAGUAGCGAUCUACCGGAAAACAGACACGCAGUCCGCGCAAAAAGCGAAAUCGGAUGAUCCGGAAGCACCUACCGAAUUUUCCCCUUUGACCACCAAGAAUGACACGGAGGGCGAAACAUUUGAGCUUGAAAAAGAGACCACCGGUUCUAUGGAGCCGGAACGGGAUACUGACGGGUCGCUGGCGGAUGAUUCUCCCAAGGACGGAGGCGCCGAACGAGCGUCAAAGUUGGAACCACCAGAAGUGAUUAUAAUUCCCGGCACCCCCGAGCCUUCUGUAGUGGAUAGCGAUUAAGAUUAGUUGGCACUUAGCUAUUAUUGAGCACACAAGGGCAUUUAUGUAAUAUGAUGCAGUUUUGCACCGGAAUUGUGUACUGACAUGUUUGUCAACGGAUAUCAGAGCUGAAAUGAACGUUUUGUGAACGACCAGGAAAGAUUUGGAACGCAGUCGGUGCUUCAUUUAAGGUUACUUUUCUUGGGCGUGUUUAUAAUAAUCAUAAUUGAUACGAUUUGAAAAACGAUUGAUUCACAAUAUUUUCCAAACAAGGUAGGCUUUUCAUUCAUAUAUUUUCUUAUGCAGAAAAAACAGAAAUCAAGACAGCCUAGCAUUGAGCAACGACAGCGGAUCAUUGAGCACCCGAGCCGCUAGUAUGGUCAAGCGGUUCACAACACGUGGGGGCAAAAUAUGGUUGAUAACAUAAGUAGAGAUAUAUAUAUCGGGGAAUAGCUUGUACCAUUGGUUAACUUAAAAUUAAGCAAUAUAACAGUACAUGAUUUGUUUUAAAAUAACAACGGGGUUAGGUUUGGGAUGUAUUGUUUAAGAUUGUGUCUUGAAGAUUAAGAAAAGCCUAGUAAAAUGGGCUUGAAGUACACGUUAAUUAUACAUAUAUUCUCAUUUGUUCUAUAGAACAUUGUUCCCGUGGUAAGGGUUUCCCUGUUAAACAUUGUCGAAAGUGAGACUUACAUUCAAUUAUGCAAUUAUGUAAAACUUAAUAAGUAUCGUUUUAUCAUAUUAAUUAACUACUAUUUAAUAAGCAUAAAGUUAUUAAUGUAGUUCCCAUGUCGGCUUGCAAGAUCCACCUUGAUGCUCGAACUAGAGCAAAGUGGUCGAAAUUCAAUAAAGAAGGAUACUCUUCACGAGACACAAUUAAAAUCUUGUCUACACUUACCAUUCCAUUGGGUGAUUUUUUUCCGAACAAACGCUUUGUUUUGCUGUCUAAUUUUAAUAAUAAUAACCCUUAUUUUGCGUUAGAAAUGAUAAGCUAAAGGCCUAUUACAGAGCCAUUGUUUUCCAUCAUAGUUAACCCUACGAAACGAAAACACAUAUAACUAUGCACUGGAAUAUUGUAUCUUAUAGCACAAAAUCUUUGGCUUGAAAUAGCCUAUGCUUGUUGAAAAAACAACCGUUAAAUACAAGUAUGUGCAAUGUAAUAUGACACAUUAAUAAAAUCGCCUCUGUCACAGCUUUGCCGUUUUAUUCACUAUGCAACAAGAUGAUUUUCGUACGAUAAGCCAUGCGCAUGUUCUGUUCGCUUCAAGGUGAUAAUAUUCUGCCAUCAGAAUUUGGGUAUAUACUACUAUUAGGUCCAUUUAGUUUUCAAGGGACAGGUUGUCGUGGAAUUAAUCCAGAUAUCUAUUUAUGUACAAUUUUAGUUGGACAAAUGCUCUUUGCAAAUGUCAUGGGAAGAAUUGCAUUAUUCGAAUGCUAUAGUGCACAAUACCCAAUUAAACGGGCAGUUUUCUAGAUUGAAGUGGAUGAAGAGUUGCACGAUCAUUAUUAUAGUAGAUGUAAUAUCAUUGAAAUCAUGGUAAAACUUGAUGUAAAGCGUUAUUUACUUUCGCAAUGUUGUUUUACUUACACGUUUAUAAGCGAACACAAGUAAAAUGACCUGAUGUAGUUCGUGGUGGUAAGUAUGCUGAUCUGCUGUAACAUUUGAAUGACAACGUUUGUAUGUAUAUGUAUAAUUGUAUAUUUUUAGUUUUGGAGUUGACUUCUAUGACUUGUUUCCGUAUAUGUGUGUUUAUUGCCAUUAUUUCUUACAUGUACAGUGUUCAAGAACAUACAAUUUUGUUAUUAAGAAAUAUAUAGUCGACGCGGAGCGCGGAAGGAGACAUCAACGAUUCUAUCAUGUAUUAUUUGUGUUAACAUAUCUUUUGACAUUUUAUAGGUUUUCCGUUUCGAUGAUAUCUAAUUUAUACCUUCGUAAAGUUAAGAAAUUAAUAGCCACAUUAUAAUAAUAUAUGUCAACAAGUCAAUUUAAUGCACGCUUUCUGUGAAAGGCCGCCGAAGACUGUCAUUUGUAUAUCAUAAUUUCGGUAUUGAGAAUGUAAAAUUGUAUACACUAUAAACUUGUGUUCCUCAUUUAAUCAGUUAGUAACAUAAAUUAUAUGCACCAUG